CUGGUGCUCCAAGUUGUACGAGGUGUUGUAGGUGUAGUUCCUGUGGAUCUGGGAGUUGUCGGCGUAGUCCUUGUUGAUCUGGGAGUUGUUGGCGUUGUUCUUGUUGUUCUGGGAGUUGUUGGCGUAGUCCUUGUUGAUCUAGGAGUUGUCGGCGUAGUCCUUGUAGAUCUGGGAGUUGUUGGCGUAGUCCUUGUCGAUCUGGGGGUUGUAGGUGUAGUUCUCGUCGAUUUGGGAGUUGUUGGCGUAGUUCUUGUAGAUCUGGGUGUUGUUCCGGUAGUGGGAGUUGAUGGCUUCUUAGUAGUUUUAGUGGUUUUCGUGAUUGGGUUUUCAGUAGUCUCCUCAGUGGUAUCACUACUAUCUGUGGAAUCAGAUGAGUCUGUAGAAUCAGAUGAGUCGGUAGAAUCAGAUGAGUCGGUAGAAUCAGAUGAGUCGGUAGAAUCAGAAGAAUCGGUUGAGUCUGUAGAGUCUGAAGAAUCGGUAGACCCAGUAGAAUCUGAAGAAUCUGUAGACCCAGUAGAAUCUGAAGAAUCGGUUGAGUCUGUAGAAUCUGAUGAAUCGGUGGACCCUGUAGAAUCGGAUGAGUCGGUUGAGCUUGUGGAGUCUGAAGAAUCGGUUGAUCCUGUAGAGUCGGAUGAAUCUGUAGACCCAGUAGAAUCGGAUGAGUCGGUUGAGUCUGUAGAGUCGGAGGAACCUGUAGACCCAGUAGAAUCUGAAGAAUCUGUAGACCCAGUAGAAUCAGAAGAAUCGGUAGAAUCAGAAGAAUCGGUAGAAUCAGAAGAAUCGGUAGAAUCUGAAGAAUCGGUAGAAUCAGAAGAGUCGGUUGAGCCUGUAGAAUCGGGUGUGGCUGUAGAAUCUGAUGAGUCGGUGGAAUCAGAUGAGUCGGUAGAAUCAGAAGAAUCGGUAGAAUCAGAAGAAUCAGUUGAUCCUGUAGAGUCUGAAGAAUCGGUAGAAUCAGAAGAAUCAGUUGAUCCUGUAGAGUCUGAAGAAUCGGUAGAAUCAGAUGAAUCUGUAGACCCAGUGGACUCAGAUGAAUCUGUGGACCCUGUAGAAUCUGAAGAAUCGGUUGAUCCCGUAGAGUCAGACGAAUCUGUAGACCCAGUAGAAUCUGUAGAAUCGGACGAGUCAGUUGUAUCUGAUGAAUCAGUGGAAUCAGAUGAGUCUGUAGAUCCUGUAGAAUCUGAUGAGUCGGUUGAUCCUGUGGAGUCGGACGAAUCUGUAGACCCAGUAGAAUCUGAAGAAUCGGUUGAUCCUGUAGAGUCGGACAAAUCUGUAGAUCCAGUAGAGUCAGAUGAAUCUGUGGACCCUGUUGAAUCUGAUGAGUCGGUCGAACCAGUGGAGUCAGAUGAAUCUGUGGACCCUGUUGAAUCUGAAGAGUCGGUAGAACCUGUAGAAUCAGAAGACUUUGUAGAUCCAGUAGAAUCAGAGGAAUCGGUCGAACUUGUGGAAUCAGACGACUCUGUAGACCCAGUAGAGUCAGAUGAAUCUGUUGAACUAGUUGAAUCAGAUGAGUCGGUAGAACCUGUGGAAUCAGAGGACUCUGUAGAUCCAGUGGAGUCAGAUGAAUCUGUGGACCCAGUAGAAUCAGAGGAAUCGGUUGAUCCACUAGACUGUUCUGUACUUUCAGUUGAUCCCGUUGAAUCAGUAGUCCCAGUAGAAGAGAAAUCGGUGGUACCAGUAGUUUCGCCGCCAGUACUACCAGUAGAAGAGGAGUCCGUACUCCCAGUAGUUUCGGUUGAUCCUGUGGAACCAGUAGUCUCUCCAGUAGUCCCAGUAGAAGAUAAAUCGGUGGUACCAGUAGUUUCAGCGCCAGUACUACCAGUAGAAGAGGAGUCCGUACUCCCAGUAGUUUCGGUUGAUCCUGUGGAACCAGUAGUCUCUCCAGUAGUCCCAGUAGAAGAUAAAUCGGUGGUACCAGUAGUUUCAGCGCCAGUACUACCAGUAGAAGAGGAGUCCGUACUCCCAGUAGUUUCGGUUGAUCCUGUGGAACCAGUAGUCUCUCCAGUAGUCCCAGUAGAAGAUAAAUCGGUGGUACCAGUAGUUUCAGCGCCAGUACUACCAGUAGAAGAGGAGUCCGUACUCCCAGUAGUUUCGGUUGAUCCUGUGGAACCAGUAGUCUCUCCAGUAGUCCCAGUAGAAGAUAAAUCGGUGGUACCAGUAGUUUCAGCGCCAGUACUACCAGUAGAAGAGGAGUCCGUACUCCCAGUAGUUUCGGUUGAUCCUGUGGAACCAGUAGUCUCUCCAGUAGUCCCAGUAGAAGAGGAGUCCGUACUUCCAGUAGUUUCGGUUGAUCCUGUGGAACCAGUAGUCUCUCCAGUAGUCCCAGUUGAAGAGGAAUCUGUAGUCCCAGUAGUAUCACCGCCAGUACUGCCAGUAGAAGAGGAAUCCGUAGUCCCAGUAGUUUCGGCGGCGGUACUGCUCGAAGAUUCAGUAGACGCUGUAAUAUCAUAA